AUGCCGCUAGGUUGGCUACGGGACAGCUUCCUCGGACAAGUUUUGCGCCAGCUGUGCAAGCCCUCAUGGCUGAGGUACAAUGAAGAGAGUCUUGACUAUUGGCAAGGAAAACUUCAUCAUGAGAGCGAAAAGGCGAUACCAGUCGAGUGGUACUCGGAAAAUGACGAAGAUAACCCUCAAAACUGGUCCCAGCCAAAGAAAGCCUUUGUUCUUUUUACUAUUGGCAUCUACAGCUUUGUGGUCUACAUGGCAGCGCCCAUCUACACCCCGAGCGAGAAUGCUUUCAUUGAGGAAUUCGGCGUGAAUAAUGCAGAGGCAUCGCUUGGACUUGCUCUCUAUGUAUUGGGAUAUGGAGCCGGUCCUCUCUUCUUCAGCCCGUUGAGUGAGAUCCCGCGUAUCGGCCGCAGUCUUCCUUACGCCGUCUCCUUCAUACUAUUCUGCAUCAUCAGCAUUCCUACGGCAUUAGCACCCACUGCAAUCGGGUUCUACUUCCUUCGAUUCCUACAAGGCUUCUUCGGCAGUCCUUGCUUGGCCACCGGUGGCGCCUCAAUCGCAGAUGUCUACUCCUCGAACAUGCUUCCCCACGCAAUGACAACCUGGGUACUCUGCGUUUUCAGCGCACCGGCAAUAGGUGUGCUGGUAUCUGGAUUCGCAAUCCCAGUGCUUGGCUGGCGUUUCUCGAUGUGGGAGAUUCUGAUAGCCGCGGGUCCAAUUCUUGUCCUUCUCCUCUUGCUGCCCGAGACCAACCCCGAUACGAUCUUACAUCGGCGUGCCCGAUGCUUGGAAGAGCAUGACUCUGACAAGUCUCAUGUCUAUCAGACUGCUGCCGACGUUUCCCAUGCUGGAAUAUCUUUUCAAGAAGUCAUUCGGGAGUCGCUGCUCAUUCCUUCGAGGAUCACUUUCCUGGACCCGGCAAUCUUGUUUCUGAACAUGUAUACGUCUUUGACCUAUGGCAUCUACUACUCGUUUUUUGAGGCAUUUCCGAUUGUUUAUCAAAGAAUGUACGGGUUCAACCUAGGAGAGAUGGGCCUGGCGUUUCUCGCGAUUGUUGUCGGGUCAAUCAUAUCAUUCGCGGUGUACAAUCUCUACAUCCACAAGAUCUUUCUCCCCAAAGCCAAGGCCGGUGCGGUUCAGAAACCAGAAGAUGUUCUGGUCCCUGCUCUGUAUGCGUGCUUUGGCCCGGCGAUUGGGCUGUUUCUUUUCGGCUGGGCUGCAACUCCAAAGGUGCAUUGGAUCGUGCCAACGAUCGGUAUCGUCAUUUACCCCGGCUGUGUGUUCAUUUUGAUGCAAUCCAUCUUCCUCUAUAUCCCGGCAUGCUACCCUCAAUAUGCCGCCAGUGUUUUUGCAGCAACCGAUUUCACCCGAAGUGCCUUUGCUUGCGGUGCUGUUGUCUUUUCUCGACCACUUUACGAGAAUCUUGGAGUUGGUCGUGGAUGCAGUUUGUUGGCGGGUCUGACGAUUGGCUGCGUGAUUGGGAUCUACUUGCUAUAUAAUUUUGGAGAGAGAUUGAGGAAGAAGUCUAAAUUUGUAUCUAAGUGGUGA